GCAGUUGAAGUUUAAUAGCGGUGUCAGGAAACCAAAAAAAAAAAAAAAACAAGUAAAGUGUUUUUAGAGGUCCAGUGUUAGGUGUCAAAAGAAUUUCAGUUGGUGCAUGCCACUUCCCUGUGUUUUUAGAGGUCCAGUGUUAGGUGUCAAAAGAAUUUCAGUUGGUGCAUGCCACUUCCCUCCCUCCAUUUUGUUUUUGGUUUUUAGCCUUCUUUGUUUUUUCAGAGAGAAGAGGGAAAAGAAGCCAAGUGGUGAAGAUAACGCCUUUCAAUAUAUUCUAUCUUAAGGAGUCUGUACAAAACUAAGCAAGCAACAGCAGCCAAAAAAAAAAAAAACAAAGAAAAAAGAAAAAACCAAAACCAAAAACCCAAGAUUAUUAUUAUUAUUAUUAUUUUGCAUAAAGAAAAACAAAAUCCCUUUCUUUCUCACACACUCUCUCACUCUUUCUCAAUACCCCAUAGAAUAAUCUAUUUUGUAAGCUCCAAUACCAACCACUUCCUUCCUCUUCCUAUACUAUUCUGUAUAUUCUUUUUUUGGUGUUUCGUGUUUGUUCUUGAAUUUGUCCGCAUUAGUGGGUCUUGAACUACUUUGUUGCAUUUGAAAAGAAUAAUUUUUUAAUUAUUUUCUUUCAUAAAGCUUUCUUUUUCAAAAAUGGUUGUUUUGAACUGGGGAGGGUGUUAAUUCAGCUAGGUGUCUUUAUUUUCCUUCAAACUUUCUUUAAAAGAAAUGGUUUUUCUGUGAUUAUCAUUCAGUCAGUCAUGGAUCUGGAGGGUGUGAUCCGAAACCGUCCUGUUAAGAAAGAAUCCUGGAAAACAGUAUUAACUUUGGCUUACCAGAGCUUGGGGGUUGUCUAUGGAGAUUUAAGUACUUCUCCUUUAUAUGUUUACAAGAGCACUUUCGCAGAGGACAUUCAACAUUCAGAGACCAAUGAGGAGAUUUAUGGGGUCCUGUCUUUCGUGUUUUGGACUCUGACACUGGUUCCGUUAUUGAAAUAUGUGUUUAUUGUGCUCAGAGCUGAUGAUAACGGUGAAGGUGGGACUUUUGCUUUGUAUUCUUUGCUAUGCCGGCAUGCCCGAGUAAGCUCUUUGCCCAAUUGCCAGCUUGCUGAUGAAGAGCUUUCCGAGUAUACGAUUGAUGGGGUCGUUUCUGAUAGUAAGCCUGUUGGUGGGUCAACUUUGAAAUCAACGUUGGAGAAGUAUAAAGUGCUGCAGACUUUGUUGCUUAUUCUGGCUUUGAUUGGAACUUGUAUGGUCAUUGGUGAUGGGGUGCUCACACCAGCAAUUUCUGUGUUUUCGGCUGUGUCGGGUCUGGAGCUUUCCAUGUCGAAAGAGCAGCAUCGGUAUGUUGAAGUACCAGUUGCCUGUAUCAUACUCGUAUUCUUGUUUGCCCUUCAACAUUAUGGGACCCACCGAGUAGGAUUCCUGUUUGCACCUGUUGUGAUUACGUGGCUUUUAUGUAUAAGCGCCAUUGGUGUGUAUAAUAUCUUCCAUUGGAAUCCCCAUGUUUACCAAGCGCUCUCUCCAUACUACAUGUACAAAUUUUUGAAGAAGACCCAAAGAGGAGGUUGGAUGUCAUUGGGCGGAAUAUUGCUGUGCAUAACAGGCUCAGAAGCUAUGUUUGCUGAUCUGGGACACUUUUCACAGCUGUCAAUCAAGAUUGCUUUUACCUUUGUGGUUUACCCAUCCUUAAUAUUAGCAUACAUGGGACAAGCUGCUUAUCUUUCUAAGCAUCAUGUUAUAGAAAGUAACUACCGGAUUGGGUUCUAUGUAUCUGUACCUGAGAAAAUAAGAUGGCCUGUUCUGGCAAUAGCCAUACUUGCAGCGGUUGUGGGAAGCCAAGCCAUUAUUACAGGGACUUUCUCAAUAAUUAAACAAUGUUCAGCAUUGGGUUGCUUUCCAAGGGUCAAAAUUAUCCACACUAAUUCUAAAAUACAUGGCCAAAUAUACAUUCCAGAGAUAAACUGGACUCUGAUGUUGUUAUGCUUGGCUGUUACUAUUGGUUUUAGAGACACUAAACGCAUGGGCAAUGCAUCAGGUCUGGCAGUUAUAACUGUAAUGCUGGUAACCACCUGCCUAAUGUCUCUAGUUAUAGUCUUAUGCUGGCAUAAAAGCAUCUUCCUGGCUAUUCUCUUCAUAUUCUUCUUUGGCUCCAUUGAAGCACUCUACUUCUCAGCAUCCCUCAUAAAGUUUCUUGAAGGGGCUUGGGUCCCUAUUGCUCUAUCAUUCAUCUUCCUAGUAGUAAUGUAUGUUUGGCACUAUGGUACACUCAAAAAGUAUGAGUCAGAUGUUCAAAAUAAGGUGUCUAUCAACUGGCUUCUCAGUCUGGGUCCCACACUUGGGAUUGUUAGGGUCCGGGGGAUUGGCCUUAUACAUACAGAGCUCGUUUCUGGUAUUCCAGCUAUUUUCUCCCACUUUGUGACCAACCUCCCAGCUUUCCACCAAGUUGUUGUCUUCCUCUGCAUCAAAUCUGUCCCAGUUCCUCAUGUCAGACCUGAUGAAAGGUUCUUGGUUGGAAGAGUUGGUCCAAAGGAGUACCGGUUGUACAGAUGCAUAGCACGUUAUGGUUACCGUGACAUUCACAUGGAUGACUUGGAGUUUGAAAAAGAUCUCGUUCGUAGUAUUGCAGAAUUCAUCCGGUCAGAGGGACCCGAAUGUAAUCUGAGAAUGGAAGAAUUCGAAGACAAUGAGAAAAUGACAGUUGUUGGGACUUCAUCAUCAAAUUUAAGAGGUAUUAGACUUUCAGAAGAUGCAGAUUCUUCUGGUAGGACAGGCACUUCAGAGAUGAGGGAAAUAAUUUCCCCAGAAAGGUUAAGGAAGAGAGUGAGGUUUGUACUUCCAGAGAGUCCACAAAUCGAUAGGGAUGCAAGAGCAGAGUUACAGGAACUGAUGGAAGCAAGGGAGGCAGGCAUGGCAUUUAUAUUAGGACACUCAUAUGUGAGGGCCAAGAGAGGAUCGAGUUUGAUGAAAAAAGUUGUGAUAAAUUUUGGGUAUGAUUUCUUGAGAAGAAAUUUUAGAGGACCAACAUAUGCUUUGAGCAUCCCUCAUGCCUCUACUCUUGAGGUGGGAAUGGUUUACCAUGUGUAGUUUCCAGUAUAGCUUUGUAAUCAAUGCAUGUUAAAAGUCUUUUUGUAUAUGAUAGAUCAGAGCGUUUUUAUGCUUC